UAUCUGAUCGACUAAAAUGGAAAGGCCGAAACUCUGAGUGAGGAAGACGAUGGGAACAGCUGCAGCGCCAUGGAAGCAGCUUCUCUUCGGUGCGAUCGAGGCCAAUUCUCACCUAAAACACUCUUCCUACGCUCAGCUCGCGACGAUUGGUGUUAAUGGCCGCCCUUCGAAUCGCACCGUCGUCUUCAGGGGCUUUGAAGAGAACGGUGAGAGGAUUCAAAUCAACACUGAUCUUCGUAGUCGCAAGAUUCAAGAGCUUAAGCAGUGUCCGUUCUCUGAGAUGUGUUGGUAUUUCUCGGAUACUUGGGAGCAGUUUCGGAUCAAUGGAAGGGUUGAGGUCAUUGAUGCUUCGAAUACUGACCAGACCAAGCUUCAGCUAAGAGAGAAGGCUUGGUUUGCUAAUUCUCUAAAGUCAAGGAUGACGUACACCUGUCCUGCGCCUGGUAUGCCUUACAAUGGUGAGCAACCAGAUCAAGAAGUUAAGUUAGAUCCCUCAAGUGGUCCAGUUGCUGAUUACUGUCUAAUGCUCCUAGAGCCAGAAAAGGUUGAUUACUUGAAUCUCAAAAGUAAUCAGAGGCUUUUGUUUUCGUCCAUGAUUAGUGGAACAGGAGAUAAGUGCUGGACUUCUGAAAAGGUUAACCCAUGAUUAAGUUAUAAUGGCUGUGAGAGGGUAAUUAAAGUAUUUGUUAUUUGUGUGCUAGCAAUAUUUUCAUUCUUGGCAUUCAAACAGUCUACUGUGUAUCUCUGCUUUCUGUGUUGGACCAUAUUGAAAAAAUGAAUAAAAAUAUCUGAAUCUUUCUCUUCUA